GUAACAAAUACUAAAUAGUGUGUGUUGGGUUUUUCCUCCAGGAUAAUACGCCGUGCUCUGAGCCCGUAGAGGGAGGGAGUCCCUGGUGGUAAAUAGACACUUUGUUAUGGUGUGAAAAGCACCACUACUACUGUUGCCACGCUUCGGGCGCAGUGGCAUGGUGAUCCCCUGGUUCCCUCAAUUCCCUGAUGUGUCAGCCAAAGUCCAUGCCAGGAGGGUGUGUGAUGGCACUUGAUGGCCUCCAAUGGAGCUGAAGACAAGUUGAAUACAAGGGCCUCCUGCUCCCGGUCAUCAACUCUCAUUAUUCGAGCCAAGUCAGCAGUGUUUCAUACUGCUGACAGUCCCACUAGGCCCUUCAGCUCGCAUGAGAAGAAGACCCUUAAAUCCUGUGCCAGUGUCCCCCGGGUCACCAGUGACUCUAUAGGUCAGCUGAAUGCGAGGGUGGGUCAGACUCAGAACAACCACCUCCAUACUGCCUCAGGGACCCCUCUACAACGUGCCUACAACCGUUCUGUGCCUGCUGCCACUUACCUAGCUAACAAGCCACAGCGUCCUGGUAGCGCAGCUGCUAAUUUAGCUAAUGGUCACUGUCAACCAACUGUUCUCUCUAAGAGUACACAGAUAUCUAGUGCUGACAUUAUCUCAUACAGACAUAACCCCGGUGUGUUAGAGCCAACCGUAAAUAGCUAUCGGCCCAGCUGCAACUUGGAAUCACUAAAUUUAAGAUCACGGAUCCUGGUCCGAAAAAGAGCCUUGUCGCCCCAGCCUGCUCCCUAUCCAACGUGCCCCUGUCCACCAAAGGCAGAACGUGUCCCAGACUCGCAGAACAACGCUGCUUCACAGCCUGCUGAAAGCACCACCACCACCAGCAUGCCCACCAACCAGUCAGUCCCCUGGACCAGUGGCAAGCUGAGAGACAAUAGCAAAGGGUUUAUGAGGCCCACUAUGGGUAAAGUGCCUUCCUGUCCCAGACAGGAGACUACCCAGACAAGAGACUCAGCAAAACCUUUGUCUCCCCAGACCAAAUCGGCCUCCUAUUGCCGUAGCGGGGACAAUGGGGAUGGCAAAACCCAGACUAAGUUCACACACCACCCCCCAAACACUGUGCCUUUGCAGGAUAGGUCAUCCCACCACCAGGAUGUGUCACUGGAUCAGACAUGGAGGCUCCAGGACCCGCAUCAGUUUGAGAGCCUGAUGGCAGCAGACAUGGAGGGUCACUCCCAGAGGCUGGGCUUUUGUGCUGCUGUCCAUGGGGCUCCUGGAGCUCAUCAUAACACAGCAACAGAGAGGAUCAGGAAGGUCAACUCUGAGGUGGAGUUUACUGAGGCUGUGAGGAAGCUGACCCAGUCACGGAGCGCGCUCACCCCUCAUCCCAGGAACGGGACUGUUAAUAGUUUUACUACUGGAACAUCAGGGUCCAACGUGGAUCCAGUCCAGAUUGGCAAAGCAAUGACUAAUAGCCCUGUCAUCUCUGUCAGCCACAGCCCUGCUCCAGCCAAACCCUCUGUACCACUCUGCCUUACUAUGAGAGACCAGCCUGUGUCCAUGGAGACCUCCAGUGCCUCUGGCCUCGACAGUAACACCACAACAAACAGUAGUAGCACAACAGCCUCCAUGGCACCUCUACCCCAUGCAGGGAUAACUCCAACACAGUCCUCUACCCAGGCCAGUGCCACAGCUAUUUCUACUGCAGGGAUAACUCCGACCCAGUCCUAUACCCAGAACAGUGCCACAGCUAGUUCUGGUGCUAGUUCCAUCCCAGAGAACACUGAGAUGGGUUCUGAGUCCGCCUCAGAUACUUCUCAGAGUCAGAGGCCUUCUGUCACCUCGGUGACCACCCAGAUAUCAGCCAUACACCUGACCCAGGAGAGGAGUGUCUUGUCUCUACAGGGCGGCUACAGCCCCUCCCGGUCCCCUCCUGGCCUGGGGGAGGAACAACAGGCUGAGUCACCUCAGCUCUCCAGUCCACAGAGUGUUGCCAUGCAGGAGGAUGGAGACAGGGGGGAAGAGGACUAUCCUGAUGAUGAGCUGGAGAAUGACUGCAGUGGUGAUGAUGAUGAUGAUGAUGAAGGGUCUGACUGCUCCUCUAUGAAUGAUGCCUCGUCCACAGCCUCCAUACCCGUCCUGCCAAAUAUCACGGAUGAGGAGCUGAUGAGCCCUGAAUUAGAGGAUGAGGGAGCUGAAGCCAGCUCUGGUCCCCAGCAUGUUCCCCCUCAUUCCCCCUACACUGUAUUUCAGUACUGCCAACCAGAGAGUGGAGCCCUGCCACCAGAACAGAGGAAGCUGCUCAAAUGGAAGAUGAGCACUGUGACUCCCAACAUAGUCAAACACACCAUCGCCAGGUCGCACUUAAAGUCACCAAGA